AUGGAAGCCUUCGAUGCCCCUUCUCUGUCUCCCUUUAGCCCCACAUCUCAUGGCAAGAUGGCUGGGAUUCAGGGGGCCACGGUGCAGAGCAUCCGGCCCUACAAGUCCAGCGAGCAGUAUCUCUACGCCAUGAAGGAGGACCUGGCCGAGUGGCUCAAGGAACUCUAUGACGUGGACGUCAACGUUGGGUCCCUCCUGGAGGUGCUGGAGACGGGCUCCAUGCUGUGCUACCAUGCCAACAACAUCACCCACGUGGCCGGAGAGUUCUCCCGGGACUGUCCGGGCCUGGCCCACAAGCUCCAGCUGCCCAGAUAUGGGGUGACGUGUAAUGACUCUGCCCAGCCAGGGACCUUCCAGGCCAGGGAUAACGUGUCUAACUUCAUCCAGUGGUGCAGGAAGGAGAUGGAUAUUAAAGAGGUGCUGAUGUUUGAGACGGAGGACCUGGUGCUGAGGAAGAACGAGAAGAACUUUGUGCUGUGCCUGCUGGAGGUGGCCCGCCGGGCCUCUCGCUUCGGGAUGAGUGCUCCCACCCUGAUCCAAAUGGAGGAGGAGAUUGAGGAGGAGAUCCGAGAGGAGAUGGACCUGCCCCCUGAGGAUACCCCACUUCCCAAGCCGCAGAGGAAGCUUUGUGACUUCAAGAACCUGGACCAGAUGGUCCAACACCUGGUGAGCCGGUGCACGUGCCCAGUCCAGUUCUCCAUGAUCAAGGUGUCUGAAGGAAAAUACCGCGUGGGCGAUUCCAACACCCUUAUUUUUGUCAGGAUCCUCCGGAAUCAUGUCAUGGUGCGGGUUGGAGGUGGCUGGGACACGCUGGAGCAUUAUCUGGAUAAGCAUGAUCCCUGCCGGUGCACCUCGCUGUCUCACAAGCAGGCUGUCCAGCUGACAAGCCCUCAAAGGCUGCAGGCAAUACAGGUGCAGCACGAGAUCAAGGUCUGCCCGACACCCAGGACAGACAACCCAAAGAAGCCCCAGCCCACCCUGAUCGUGAGCAGGUCCCAAAGCCCACUGCCCCCAGUGGAGUGGAGGACCUACACCCCACAGAGCCUCAGGACCAGCUGGAAGCCUCGUUCAUCUGCAUCGCCAGAGAGCACUAGGCUCAGGCCCCCACGGGAGCAGUCAGAACCCAGGAGGGUCCCUUCGGCCAGGGCAACAGAGCGGUCUGCUACUCCUUCGCGGAGGCAGCUGUUUGCUGAAGAAAGAUCUGCUACCCCCCAGAACUCCUCCACCCAGAGCGGGAGGGAUAAGCUGUGUGUUUCUAUGUCCUCCCUGACAUCGCAGCUGCCUGGAAGCGAGGAGGAUGGUUCUGGCGCCUCGGAAGCUCUCCCGGAGCCCCAGAGAGGGCGACAGACUAGUAGAAUCCCUGGGAUGAAUCAGAAGGACCCAGCUAGGUUUGUGCAAGCCAGCUGUACAGAGUCCAGGCCUCAGACGACAGUGCCAAAGGACAGAACAGCUCAGCUGCCAAGGAGCACCCGGUAUGGAGUCAAACCCGUUCCACAGGCUCACAAGCCUGAGGAAUCAGGGGUCAAGACCUUUCCUGGGAUGGUCCGUUCCUCCAGCCCAAUGAAAUCCCCAGUCAAGCACAUGGGCCAGACUCCAAAAAGUAGCACUAAGAUCCCAGUCAAAGCCGGCCCCGCAUUCAGCAGGCCCCCAACCCCUGUUCAGAGCUACCAGGGGGAGCCCCGCCUCCGAAAUGGGUGGAAAGUCCCUGCCGGUGAAAUGGCAAAAGCCCCAGCUCUCUCAAAGAGCAAAGUCAUGUCCAGGGCUGAGGAUGGCUUUCAGAGGCACAGACAUUGCAGUGGGGCAGUCAAGCCAGAGACAUUGACGACCAACCUUCCCACUAGCCCAAAAGACAGACUCAGCCAGUCAGCUCCAGCAGGGAAGGACAAGGGUCCAAACACCAGACUGGUGCAGGAGGUAGAGCCAGGAAACACCAAAGACAGCAGCAGCAGCAGGAGUGGUGGAGAUCCAAUAGGCUGCAGAGAGGAGAGGGAACGCGUGUAUACACCUUUGCCCAUCAACCCGGCCCAGGAGCGGGCGCUGUACAGGAGCCUAGAAGAUGAGAUCUUAUCCAACAUAAAGGUUCUAGAGGCUGAUUCUGAUGAAAGCCACUGCCCUGAGGGGAACCGGCUGGACGACUUCGCUCUGGACUGCAGCAUAGCGAGCGUCACCGCCGCCAGUGACGUAAGUGGGCUCAGGUCCUCCACACCCUCCCUGUCUUCCUUGACAAGCGCCAGGCAGACCUUGCCAUGUGGCGAGGAUGUGCCUCGGAGUGGUGUCUAUGUGCCCAGCGGAGUGGCAAAAUGGCACCCGUCUGGAUUCCCCUAUGGUGAUGUGAUCGACGAACUCUCCCAGGGGCACAACACACUCCACCCAGUGGACGUGGAGAACUGGAUCACCAAGAUACCACCCAAGGGGGCUGUGAGGGUUUCCUCUCAGCCAAGUUCGCCUCUGGUGAAUGGAAACCAGGUGGAAAAGAAGCUUCUGGAGCCAGAAGGGGCUUUGUUCCAGGAGAACGUGUCCAAUGAAACCAAAGGCAACUGGUUAAGGAGGCAGCCAUCUCUCUCAAGCCAUGCAAGGUCUGCUGUAGUCAGUAGAAAUAGCAAAGCUCCUCAGGCAGCCUCUGAUGGCCCCAAGGCAUCUAUCAAUUCUCCAGCCUCUGUGGGUGGCCUUGAAAAGUCCAAACUGCCUCAAGGUAAGCCCAAAAGGUCCCUGAAGAAGCCUGAACGGGUGCCAUCCAUCUACAAGCUAAAACUACGCCCCAAAAUCCGCCCACGCAGGGACAACAGACCUGAGAAACGGCCAUCCAAAAUCCCCACUCCAGUGACCUAUCGACAGGCACAGAAAGCAGCCAGUGUCAAAGCCCAGGAGAAGGCCCACAGCUCAAAGCAUCAGACCCGGCCAACUCAGGACAGCCUGGAUAGCACAAGGCAGAACAGCACAGGAAAUGCUGGGUCCGAGGAAGAGGCUUGGCUUUCAGAACAUAGUGACUCCCCACAAGCUGGGAAGAAGACAGUCCUAGCAGAUACCAAAGUGUGGCUCACAGAAGAAGAUGAGGAAUCCUGGGUCUGAUGUCUUGCCUGCUGGCACCAAUUUUGCCUCCCAGUUGUCAGUGUUUGUAGCUGUACGGGAGCCACAUUCUCCUCCAACCCCAUUGGAGAAACGGGGUUAGAGAGGAGACUCCGGCCCAACAGAUGCGAAGCCAGUGAACUGAUGAAGUUGAAGUUCUCCCAAGUUCUCAGCUGAGUGGCUCAAAA